AUGAACGGGAUUGCGACACGGAAGCCGUAUGGCUAUGAUGGCGGCAGACAGUCGCCCGCCCAGGGAAGCGGCAGCGGCAACGGCAACGGUGUUGGACUUGUCGGUGGGAAGACCCUCGUUGAAGGGUAUAGGAAGGAGAUCCUCAACGGCUUUGACCAGGACAAGCCGCUGUACAAUCCCAUGAACGCGGAGCGACCCCAGAGCUCGCCUCUCGUGGACCUCAAGGACCCUAUCCAGGUACACUUGCUUACCGAGACGGCGCUGUCGGACAGCCGGGAGUGGGAGAUCCUGUCGCAGGAAGAAGUGGAUGAUCUGAAAAAGCAGAUCCAGUCACUAACUCAGCGCAUCGAGCAAGCGCGGGCCAAUCUGGCCAUACAGUCCAAAUACAGAGAUGCCGCGAUAUCUAUGUCGAAGCUAUACUCUCCGGGGAAGAGGAGGAGUCUGUUGGGCAACCGCAGCAGCGGUGGAGACAAGGAAGCGCAGCGGGAGGCCGAUGCCGAGAGACAGGCCAUUGAGCACCGUUGCGAAGAAUUGGCAGCCGAGCUAUUCUCGCUCGAGAAACGACUGAUGGAGCCCCAGAGACGACUCCUUCAACAUACCGCUGGCAUAUUACAACUAACGCACAAGACGCCCAAAAGGCAGCCACCCACUGCCGGUCUCCCACCAAAUGGUAUCCCUGGCAGCCCCGAGAGCAUGUACACAUACUCGAACGGGCGAAAUAGCUUAGAGCCCGGAGAUGAUGCAUUCUUUGAUGACAGGAGCCUGUACUUUCCCCUGGAAGAUGGGCAGUUCGGCCGACCACGGAAGAACACCUUGGAAAUACCCCAGAAGUCUCCGAUCAGGGAGCAGACGAAUCAGCUACGCGAGGAGGGCGACCGCCUUCGUGACGAAAAUCGAUCCUUGCGGAGGGAAACUGAGCAAUUACGUCUCAAUAACGACUCGCUUAACAACGAAGUAGACAUGCUCAAGGCACAGAGCGCGGAUCAAUUCAAGCUCAUCUCGAAGACGGAAAGGAAGCUCGAAGAGCUAAACGUCCGCCUGAGGGAUGUGAUCAUUGAGUUUGACCCCGAGAAGAAUAGCCGGUACAGCAGAGUUCCUACAGGCAAGCUAGAGCCUGGCGAGCUACUCGGCAGCCAAUUGGACUAUCUGGCCAAGGGGCUCAAGUACAUUAAUGAUGAAAGAGGCCUCCAAGCUUCCUCGAGUGGAAGAGACGCAGAAACUGUCGCGAAACUGGAGGAGUUCAAUGGUCAGGUCCAUGGCAUCUUGCAAACCGUCGCUCCAGACUACCCAUUGCCACCCACGCAAAUGGAGGGUGGUCUGGACCAGCAGCUGGAUUGGCUUGAGGAAUCUCUCCGCGCGAUAGACUCUGAGCUCACUCGCGCCCUGGACAAUUCAUCUGCCACCUCAGCAGAUAGACAGAAGACCGAACAGGUCGAGACAGUUCUUGAAGGUCUAUGGGAUAUCAUCCAGUCUGGGUACGCCGAUAUUCAACAAAGAAAGGAGGACCGUAGGAAGACUCGUUUGGCGCAAGGCCUCCAGGCUGAUGAGGAUGACAUGUCGGGUGAUGAGUCCUUUGACACCAGCGAGACGUACUCACUCCAGGCUUUCUCUGCCAGGGUCCAGUGGCUAUAUGCCCAGGCCACGAGACUGAAGGAACAGAAAUCGGUCCUCAAGCGCCAGAUCAAGCAGCAACGAGAAUUGAACAACAAGUCUGACACUGCUAAAGAUGCUGAAUUACAGCAGAAGGUGGAUGAGUUGCAGCAGACGAGAGAUCUUCUAGAUCGCACUGAGAAGGAGGCACAAGACGCGCAAGAAAAACUUGUCCAGGCACUCGCAGAUCUUGACAUGUAUCAACAAUCCAAUGCCGCCAAUGAGUCAGCGGCCGUCAAGGCGGCGCAGGAUCAGCUCAAGGAGAAGAAUGCAGCUCUCGCUUCUCUGGAGACUACUACGAAGGAACUUCAAGGCAAGUUAUCUGCUGUAGAAGGCCAGCUGUCCACUAUCGAUGAGCAGCUUAGAGAGGCUUCGGAAGCAAAGAACGCGUCUGAGGCUGCUGCUGAAAAGCUUCAACAUGACGUGCAAGCUAAAGAGAAGGAACUUGAAGAUAUGAAUGUCAUGAUCAUUGAGCUCAAGACAGAGGUGACAAUUGCUAGGGCAGAGCUGGAUGGUGCAUACGGUUCUCGAGCUCAGCGAGCUGCGGAGGUGGCUGCGUUGACCAAGGGCUCCGAGAUCACAGAUCUCCAGGGCCAAGUUGACAAGCUCAAGAGCGAGCUUGCCUCCACGCUGAAGGAGUUUGAAGACAUGACUAAGGAGACGAUCGCUUCCGAGAAGGAGAAGAUCGAGCUCGAGGGCCGCCUUGACGAUGCCCUGUCAGCCAAGACAUCCUUGGAGACUGAGGUCCGUGCAUUGAGAGAGAAGCUGGAGGCUGAGGUGUCCAGGUUGCAGGAGCAGCUCGAUGCCGAGAGGCUCAAGGUUGGUCCCGGUCAGGGAGCGGGAUCGAAACCUGGUGCCGGCGCCUCGAUGCUCAGCGAGCAGUUCCGGGCCACCAUGAAGGAAGAAAGAAGGAAAUUCCAGGAAGAAUUAAGAGAAGAGCAAGGCAAACGCAGGCGGCUCGAAGAUGAAUUACGAGCCCUCAAGAAAGCUCAAGGCCCGGGAAAGAGCCCCCUCAGCCCGAGGUAG